UCCGUCCGCAGCGCGCCACUCUCCACGCACCGGGCACCACGCACCACGCACCCGCUCCUCAUGGCUCCGCCGAUGAUGCUGGUCGCCGCGACGGUGUUGCUUCUGCUCAAGUCGCCGACGCGGGCGUCGCCGCUGAGCCUGGCGGAGGGCAGCACGUCGUACCACGAGGUGGAGCCGCACGGGCCGGGCACGUACGCCUGGGGCUACGACGUGGAGGACGCCGCCACGGGCAACACGCACUUCCGCCAGGAGGAGCGCCACGCCAACGGCACCGUCACCGGCAGCUACGGCCUCCUGCAGCCGGACGGCGUCGUCCGGGUCGUCCACUACGUCGCCGACGACGCGGGCUACAGAUCGAGGACGGAGUAUCGCCAAACCAGAAGCCGCACGUCGCUACCCAGCCCGUACCCUAGUCUCUACAGCGCUGAAAAUUACGUCUUCACAAACCAAGUGUAAUGCUCUUCAUCACGACAGACCAUAUUCAUCUUAGUGCCGUAACGGACAAGCUUCCUGUAACAACAACAGCAAACCUUUUAGUUAUUGUGGGACUCUAAUCACGUUACAGUCUCUUUGCGGAGAGGUGUAAUGGCUUUAACCAAACAACGCUGAGAACAUAUCGCACCCGCAGAGAGAAGAAACAGAUGAAGCUCUUUAUUUACUCAGUAUAAAUUAGGCGUAACGGAGCAUUUUGUCGUCAGUGAUAAAUCACGGUACUCGUCUUCAUCAAACAUAAAAACGUUCAAACUGUAAGAAUAAUUCAGCUGAUUCUUAUAUUUAUUUUGUUAUUUAUUAUUUAAAUUUUUUAUUUCAGAGUUUAAUAAAGAAUAAAUACACUAAAAUUGGAA